AUGACCCAUCAACAUCUCAGUAAUAUUACAUAUAAAGUAUUAACACCAAAUAUGGUCCCUAAGGUAGUAGAUUGUGUUGUAAAGAGUUUUUCAAAUGAUCCAUUUACACAAUUACUAAAAUUAAAUCAGCAAAAUUGGAUUCAAAUGUCCCAUAUGUUUAUUGACAGAGCUGCCCAAAAAGAUUACAGUUUAGUUGCCAUUAACAAUCAAGAUCAACAGGUCAUUGGAUGUAUCUUAUUAGAAGAUUGGAAAGAGCGUCAACCUCCAACAUUUCACACUGGCUUAGAUGAAGUUUGGAACCCAGUUAAAUCAAUUUUUGCACAAUUACACCAAGAAUAUAAACAGCAACAUGUUAAUAAUAUUAAAUUUGGUGAAGUUAUCCAUGCACUCUACUUUACUUGUGUAACUCCACAAAAUAGAGGAAAGGGUGUUGCAUAUGACAUGUGGUAUCACAGCACAGAUAUAGCAAGAGCAUAUAAUUUUCAAUAUAUGGUUGGUGAAACAUCAACUAGAAGUGGAGAAAGACUCUGUGAACACAUUGGUUUUACUCAAAAAGCAGCUAUUCCUUAUAAUAAAUUUAAAUAUGAUGGUGAAAGGAUAUUCUCCAAGCUUCCACAUAUAAAUACUGAUUUCGAAAAGCUAACUAUGUGGGAAAAGAAAAUCGUUUCAAACUUAUAUUAA